GGAGGCAGCAUGUUGCACAGUCAGUCUUAACAUGAGGCACAGGAGAGGAGAAGAAAAUCCAACCUGAAGCACAAUUGAAGAGAAGGACACCUGUGAAUCCCCCUGGAUGAGCUAAAGGGAACUAUUGGAACCAAAUGUGCUGAAAGACAAAUUACAGCAACAGAAAACCAAAGAGAGCAAGAACAACAAACUUUUCCCAGGAGGAAGCUUACAGCAGUAGUUCAGUUUGACCUUUGGGUGACCUGGAGAGACGAGGUGAACGAUGCAGGGCUGCGAGGUCGGUACCAGGAUGCGCUACUGGCUGACUCUGGCCUCGGGGAUGCUGGAGUGCCUGUGCUUCGCCGGCGUGGUGUUUGGUUACGCCUCUCUGGUGUUUGUGCUGAAGGAAGACGGAUACUUCGGCGAGCUGUGCAUCAACCACCCAAAUGGCAACAGCAGCACCGCGAGCGACACAGACUGUAGUGGUCAGGAUGAGCAGUUCUCUCUGGUCUUCACCAUCGCCUCGUUCCUCAACAACUUCCUGAAUCUUGUCAAUGGCUUCCUGUUUGAUCGCUUUGGCACGCUGGUGACGAGGCUGCUGGGAAUCUCUUGUUACACGACUGGAACCCUUCUUGUGGCCUUUUCCAGCGCAGCUUCCUCUCUGCUGCUUUUCCCUGCCUUGUCCUGCAUUGCCGUCGGAGGGAUUCUGCUCCUUCUGACUAACAUGCAGGUGGGCAACCUGUUUGCGGCCCAUCGCUCCACCAUCAUCACCCUCUACAACGGUGCCUUCGACUCCUCCUCGGCUGUGUUUCUCAUCAUCAAGGUUCUGUAUGAACAGGGAAUCUCUCUUCGCUCCUCCUUCCUCUUCUUGUCCGCCUGCAGCGUCAUUCACGUGGCGAGGACUUUCCUGCUCAUGCCGAGAACCCACAUCCCUUACACUCUGCCUCAGUGCUACACCUACGGAGUGCAGUGUGGAAAAGCCAACACUUACAACGUGGAGCAGGUUGAGAAGAUGGGAGCUGGAGCUUCAGGGGAGAAGCCUGAGGGAGAAAACACGACACCCGAGGACAGCACAGAAGGCAAAGACUCGGAAAAAGUGAGGAGUUUCCGGAGCUGCGUCCUGUCCUGGUUCUUCCUGUGGCACCUGCUGUGGUUGUCCAUCAUGCAGCUGAGACACUACCUCUUCAUCGGGACGCUCAACCCCAAGCUGAGCCGGCUGGCCGACAACGACCCCCACCUGGUGAGUCAGUACACCAAUGCCUUCGCCAUGACCCAGCUGUGCGGAGUCCUGUGUGCUCCCUGGAACGGGCUCAUCAUGGACAGACACAAGGGGAAACCUCUGGCUGCCGGGGAAAGCGAGCAGGAGGCCGACCUGCGCUCCUCCUGGCUGUCGCUGCUGCUGACCUCGCUGCAGUGCCUCCUCUUCUCCAUCUGCGCCUCCAUUCCUGUCCUCUCGCUGCAGUACCUCACCUUCGUCCUGCAGGUCCUCAAUCGCUCCUUCCUGUACGGGGGCAACGCCGCCUUCAUCAGCAUCGCUUUUCCAUCCUGUCACUUUGGGAAGCUGUACGGAGUGGUGAUGUCUCUCUCUGCCGUCGUCUCCCUGCUGCAGUAUCUCUGCUUCGCCCUGGUCAAAGGAGCUCUGGGCGGAGACCCCUUUUACGUGGACGUCGCGCUCACUCUGCUCACUCUGCUGGCGUUCAUUCAUCCCGUCUACAUCUUCGUCCACUGCAGGAAAGCAGCCAGCGGCAGGAAGAACAGCAGCCAGGACGAAGUCACCUUUGACUCCACAACAAAGUCUGUACAGUUUUGAUCAAUCGGACGUUUUCGUCUCCAAGUUCAUAGGUUGUAAAAUUAUUUUCAGUCUCUUCAGCUUCUUUGUUUUUAACUAGAAAAUAGAGAAUGCAGUGUUUUUAA